AUGGCACGAUUGCCUUCAAAUGGCGACGGCUUCAACGGCUUGCAACUGCUAGUCGAGCAACAGCUUCUGGUGACGUCCCUUCUUACUCAGAAGCCGACGACGGCAGUCGCCGCUUACCAGAGCAACGUCUUCAUGCAACAACUCUUCUUUGCCAAUGUAUUCAACAAUCAACAGUGCCAGUACAUGCAGGUAAAAGUCCAUCGGUUAGCUUUCCGAUUCUCCAAAGAUCUUGUAUUGUGUUUACCUAUUCAAAAAUCGUUAUAAAAACACUUUUUCAAGCCGCAAGAACGUGUAACGGCGAAUUGGACGCCGACGUCUGCGUCAGAGCCAUUGGACCUGAGUCAACAUAGCGCUGAGCACACUCACGACCUUUCAACUUCUGAAUAUGACGCGGACGACGAUGAUGAUGACGAAGAAGAAAACGCCAACGGAGUCAAAAACGUGGCUCCCGAAGAGUGCCACUUUAUGGAGAUGUUCGCAGAAGCUGACCGACAAGAGAGCCGACAGAAGGCCGACGAUCUCGCCGCCCGGAAGUCAUCUUCCCGAUCGAGACACAGAAAUCAUCAGGUCUCGAAAAAAACCCUCACCCGGGUUUCGAAAGUGAGUGAAUCAGUCACUGUUUCACUAUUAGGAAAACCUUGCAGAAUUCAAAGUUCUGGGGGAACAAACACAUUAGUCUGUGGUGUACAGAGGCAAGCAAGCAACGGAGCAAAGACGAGCAACGUCACAAAAAACACCGUCUCAGACGUAAGCAGCGACAGGACGACCAGAUCCAGAAGUUUGUAGGUCUUUCCAGUCUUGACCACGUAUUAAUCAAAGAUUUAUGAAAAAAUUUUCUUAGAGUUCCCACUAUCUUUGAAAAUUCAGAUGAGAAUCUACAGCGACGCCAUCAAGAAGUUGGAGUUGGCUCGCUCUUCGCUGCUUAAGAUGAGAGUACAUUCGCCUGAGCCUUCGUGA